UUUUUACCGACCGUCAUCACAGUUGGAUACAAUGUGAAUUGCUGCACGGUUGAUUCGUUUGGUGAAAAAAUGGCAGAAGCAUAAAAGUGGCUUAAAAAUGUUUAAAUAAAGCAAAAAUAAUGCAGUAUACGCGUAAGGCGUAAACCAGAAUAAGGAAAAUUGCACAAAUAUUUAAGACUGAGUUAAUAAGUAAAAAAAAAAAUAGAAUCUACUUUGGGGCGUGCAACAGCAAGUGAAAUAAGCCAAAGCCUGUGGUAGUGCAGUUUAUAUUUAUUUCUUCCUAAUUUAUUGCAUUUUCUCUACGAAAGCGAAUAAACUUUUGGGUAGUGAAAAUAUCGAAUAGCAAAAAGCUAAGCAUUUAUUAAAAUCCAAAUUCAAAACGCUAGCAAUAUGAUUAAAAUGCGACCAUAUGUGCCAUCGAAUCGUAUCGCCGUACGCGACUCCAUCGACGAGGAGAUCAGUGACGAUGUGGAUGAUGACGUCUUCAUUAAGGAUGCGCGCACCGCCAAAUUAAGCGAAGAGAAGGGCCUCAAACGUCCGCUAAUGGCGCCGCGUCGCAAGAAUGGCAAAUUGCACAACUCCGUGCCGAUUAUGAUGAAACAUCGCCGCUGUUGGCGUUGUUGUGAGCCUUUUUGCUAUGGCCUUGCCGCACUCACUGUCCUCAUUGCCUUGAUUAGCCUAGCAGCGCUCAUUUUGACUAUGUUCCCCAUACCCUUGCAACGCAUCAAAGUAUGGCUGAAACGUGAUCCUACAGCGGCCGAAGGUGUCGAUUAUGCUGCGCUAAGUGGCGGCGCUGUCCAAUCGCUUACGUAUGGCAGCAGCAUGGGCACAGAAUUUGUGCCCUGCACUCAAAUUAGUGUACAGCGUAUUUGGACGCAAACUUUUCCGCGCAUGAAUAGCGAGAGUCCGGUGCGUAAGGCUGAUUUAGAUGGUGACGAUGUGGAGGAUAUCAUUUUUGGCUUCGGUGUGGAUGACAAUAUCCAAUAUGAAGGCUUCACAUUGCCCAAAUGCAAAUCGGCGCAGGGCGGUGACGAGGUGCCUUGUGAAGGUGGCGUUAUUGCGAUAAAUGGCGCAACAGGCAAUUUACUCUGGCAGACAUGGAGUGUGGCAAAUGUUUUCUCGCUGCUCUGCACUUUGGAUAUCGAUCGUGAUGGUCAUCCCGAUUGUGUGGCUGCCGGCCGGCUGGGUAUGAUCUUCGCCAUCAACGGCCGUAAUGGCAACAACAUUUGGGAGUUCCGCGAGGUUGAGGUGGAAACAAAUUCGCCUAUAGUAAUGGAUCUAUAUACGAUUAACAUCGUACGUGAUUUAGAUGGUGACGAAAUAUCUGAGAUACUCGCAGCACAUCUCGAAGAACGUGAAGAAUCCAAAGCGGGACACAUUAAAAUCAUUUCCGGCAAGACAGGUAAAGUUAUACGCACCAUACCAACACCUUUCAAGGAGGAAGUGUUCGUGCCACUACAAGUGCUCACCAAAGAGGACGGCACUGAGUUGUUGAUGAUCACUACAGGUGGCCAAAAUACACCUGGCGGCGUUUACACAAUAAGACUGCUGUCGCUAAUGCAGUUUACAAGUGAAAAAGAGUUUACGCCGCUAUUCCAAAGUAAACACACCGGUGUCAUGGUACCGGCGGUGAUUACCGACAUAACCGGUGAUCAAAUUUCGGAUAUUGUGGUAUCGUCAUUCAAUUCGACUGUGUUUGCUUUUGAUGGCCACAAUUCCAGCAUGUUGUGGAACUACACAUUUCCGGCAAGUGAAAGCGUAAGCACCAUUGUGCCGGGUCACUUCAAUCACGACAAUGUGACAGAUUUUAUGGUAAAGUAUAAUACUGGACCCGGCUUUCCAGUUUACUAUUACUCUCAAACGACUAUAUUGGAUGGUAGAAAUGGCAAACCAUUGCUGGAUGCGAUGAUGACCGACUCAGGCGGUUCGAAUAGUUUGUUGGGUGGCGUUUCGGUGUCACAAACUUUUGGUGGCGAUUUCUAUUUGCAUUGGCAAAUGCAAUGCAGAAAUAAAUACGAUGCGAAAGAUGCCUAUGAAUUCAUACCAGACAGCGACAUCAUACUGCAGUCACGUGCGGACACAUGCCGACUGCGUUACAAUACCUCGACUGUACUUAAACUCUAUGCGAUAGCGCGCCACAUCGAACCGCCAGGCGCAGUAAUUUUUAGUACAGACGAUAUUGACGUACACCUUAACCACACACAACGCCCGCAAUAUGCCAAACAGAAUUCGAAAUCUCCGCUUAAGCAUCCCAAACUUUUAAAAAAGCUGUUAGCCAAUCGCGAUGAACUGCUGAAGAAAAUCGCAGCCGGCGCUAAUUUAGAGAAACUGGAGCAGGAAGCGAAGUUUGAGACUGCCGCCAAUUACAAGGGGAAUCCGUUGCGGAGUUCUUUGUUUGACCAGAAUUCAUUGCAGGAAAUGCUUCCGAAUAACGAAAUACCCGCCGAAAAUAUAUAUGAACCUGCCAAGCAAAAUGGUUAUGCCAACUACUACGCCGGUGGUUAUGGCGCAAAUGGCAACGUGCCGCUGCGUGAACUGCAAAAGGCCUACGAGUCUGAGACGGGCGCACGUGUGCCCGAAGACUACGACGCACUCUAUGCCGACAAUGACAAUGAAGUGCCUCUAUCGGUGCCGCAGAAUGAGCAUCCCAUAAGGUUACGCACAAAGUAUCCCGGCAAUCGUGACGUGCGUAGCGAUAUCACCUCCUUUGAGGAUGAGCAAAAUGCUACGCAGACUGUACCCACUGGCGGUGUGCCACAAAAUAGUUUGGAGAAACAAGAGCCACUUAGUUUGUGGGAUCUCGAAAUGGAGAAGGAGGAGCGUGAUGCAAUCAAGGAGUCGCACAAAUACGAUUACUCGUCUACGCGUGAUGACGCAAUAAAGAAGAGUAAGCGUGGUCGUCCCACGCGUGAUGAUACUGCACAAGCGCAGGUGGCGGAAGAUGCCGAAACAACUUCGGGUAGUCCUACCACUGGCGCCGGUGAAUCGGAUGAAUGGUUUUUAGCCUCGAUCUCUUCAACGGGUGUGCUCUUGAAGUCGCUAAAUGGCACACGCUCUUCCAUAGAUUUUGCAUUCGUUGUGAAUAUACGCGAAUCGGAAACAUAUCCGCCGCUCUUUUUGCCACAGGAUCUCAAUUGUGUGGAGGAGAAGAUAAGCGCAUAUAAGAGCUACACCCUGGACAAUCUACGCAUACUGCGCAAACAAUUCCUAAAGCAAUGUUUAAGUGAUCGUCUGGUAAAUGUGACGCCGCAUGUGCCGCAAUAUGAAUCACAGUUGAUCGUGACACGCAUCGGCAUUUCGUGCACGUGUCGUACACUGCAAGCGGGAGAGGUGUGCUCCGAGCUGGAUGAUAUACAGACGCAGCGUUGGACUGAGUACAUGGGCAAUGGUGGGCAUGGUUACUAUGCCAAUUAGAAUUAGGAGUUAGUUAAGGCGAAGAUAUACUAGUGGGGGGUAAGGAAGAAAGUUUGACUAUGUAACUAAAUUAAUUUAAUUUUUUCUGAUUGCACAACAGUAACAACUUCUUUAGUUUCUACUUUUUGGGUUCUGAAAUGCAUUUUUACAAAUUAUUUUGUGUAUGUCAAUGUUUAUUGUCAUUGAAAAGUGUGUAUUUUUACUUAAAAAUGUCCUCUAUGCUAUACGCAACUAAAUAAUAAACAAGUUUUAAAUCAUCAA